CGCCCACUAUAUUCAGGAAAAAACAGAGUGCCUGAAUUAGGGUGUGUGACUUUUGGUGCCUGAAAGUGAGAGAGAAAGAGCAGAAGAUGAGUGUGGACACACCCUGCAGUGUUCCUGUGAGAUAAACCACUAUGACAGUCAAAGAGGUUUCAAACUGACAACUUUAUAUCUUCAUUCUUCAAAGUUAGGACACAGACAUGAAGAUUUCUGCUGAAUUUCAUUCUUCUUUGCGACAAUCUCUGACCACCUGCUCAAAAGAGAUGAGAAAGUAAGAGGAACCAGCACACAAAGUGAGACAGGAAGGAAAGGGAAGUAACCUGAGCUUCUGAGUUCACCCUUGUCCAAGACACUUGGAGGAACACAGAAAAGGGAGGAGUGUUUGCAAGAGCACUGCAGACUCAUCUCUCAGCUGAACCUGGACUAAAACAGAAAGGAAGAUCAGCAGAGUACCUUUGAUAAUUGAUUGACCAGGAUACAAAAUACCUGAACCAAGGAUACUGGAAAAGGAAAAAGAGAAGAUGCAAAAAUACAUGUAUGCCUAAUGCCACCAUUAAUUACUGUAUAUGCCUUGCUCAGUAAAUCUUUAACAACAUUUAGCAGAAACAUUUGUAAUAUAAGGAGCCAAUUCUAAAUAUUUCACAAACCACUUUUUUACUUACUCUGAACUCAAACUAAAAUUAAAGUGAAAUGAAAAGAAGAUGAUUUAAAAUCAUACAACUUUCCCUUUAAAGUCAGUCAGCAGAAGAGAUCUUCUAAACCCUUCUAGAACCAGCAUCAUCUUUGGACCUGCCUUAUAAACUGUGCUAAAAUCACCAAGAUGGUGGUGCGUGGACUUAUGUUACAUGCUUUGCUGCUCUCCCUCUCCUUCUUCCCAAUCUUUACCCAGAAUUCUUCACCUGUCAAUUCAUUGGCAUCAGCCACUGAUAAUCCAGGUGAUCCUGAAACAAAAAAUGUCACUGAACCUUAUUUAGAAUCCACCACUGAUAAUCCAGGUGAUCCUGAAACAACAAGUGUCACUGAACCUUAUUUUGAAUCCACCACAGAUAAUGUAGGUGAUCCUGAAACAACACGUAUCACUGAACCUUAUUUUGAAUCCACCACUGAUAAUCCAGGUGAUCCUGAAACAAAAAAUGUCACUGAACCUUAUUUAGAAUCCACCACUGAUAAUCCAGGUGAUCCUGAAACAACAAGUGUCACUGAACCUUAUUUUGAAUCCACCACAGAUAAUGUAGGUGAUCCUGAAACAACACGUAUCACUGAACCUUAUUUAGAAUCCACCACAGAUAAUGUAGGUGAUCCUGAAACAACACGUAUCACUGAACCUUAUUUAGAAUCCACCACAGAUAAUGUAGGUGAUCCUGAAACAACACGUAUCACUGAACCUUAUUUAGAAUCCACCACAGAUAAUGUAGGUGAUCCUGAAACAACACGUAUCACUGAACCUUAUUUAGAAUCCACCACUGAUAAUCUCAAUGAUCCUGAAACAACACGUAUCACUGAACCUUACUUAGAAUCCACCACAGAUAAUCCGGGUGACCCUGAAACUAGCCGUGGACAGAAAAGCCCCAUCACACCCAAAAUGGCUAAUGCUAAUGCUAAUCGUAAUGCUCGUAGAGAUCAAGUACUCCUCCCCGUGGUGGUGGUGGCUGUGAUGGCCUGUUUCAUCGUGGUCAUUGGCCUACUUCUCUUGGCCUGGAAAUCCAAGAGGAGGGGAAGCAGGGAGGAGGAGGCCUGGGCAGGGCCAGUGAAGCUGGGGGAGCGGGCGGGGGGGGGCCAGGGAGCCGAGGAGGUGGCGGUGGAGGGAGGCGGGGGCGGGGGGGACGAGGGAGGGGCAUUGCUGGGCACGUUCAAGGUGCCGCCGGAGAACGGAGUGGGAAGUCCAGGGACGAAGGAAGCGAGGAAGUGGGAGAUGGAGCGUCCUCUGAUGUACAUAGACGAGGAUGAAGCGGAUCCUUCAGUCUUCCUCUACCCCGCCAUCUCUCCCUCAGGCCCAUCGUGGGACAACUCGGAGCAGCCGGAUAUCUACCUGACCACCGCAGUGUAG